AUGCAUGCUAUUCCAAUGUUGCGUGUUGUCAAUCAUUGUUGUGACUUCAAUUCCAAGGCGACUGGUGAAUGUCCCAUUGUGCUUUUGUUCGUUGCAGUGUAUGCAGCAGCUGACGUGUUGGCCAUGCAAAUCGUAGAAUAUUAUGAAGGUGGUUGUGUUUCACAUUGUGAUUGGCAUACUGAGUUGAGAGGAGAGAUGCCUGUUAGUGAGGAAAAGAGUUUAGCAAUCUCAUAUCCCUUCUGGAAAAGAUGA